AUGACACAUCUUGCACAAGCUGUCGAAUUCACCAAGGAUGAAGUGAAGAAAAUAGAAAAAGUGGAAUUUCCAACACUCGCGGGAUGCCUUCACUAUAUGGCUAAUGCAGAAAUGUCGAUUUUCGACAUAGAUUUGUUCAAUGAAACAAUUGAAUACUUGUCUCAUGUGAACAAAGUGAGAUUGAAGUCUGCGACUAGCAAAUAUCCGGAAUGGCCAGUGCCCAUGAGGAGCCGUACCGGAAACACGGAUGACCACAUUCCAAAAUAUUUCCAAAAUAGAGAGAACCAUGGAGAACCUGAAGCAGGUUUUGGAAGAUCUCAAACAAUUUGGUAUGAACGUGUUCCUCCUACCGCGAAGUGGUCAUACGGGUAUCUCUACCAUAUAUGCUAUUUUGAUAACAAAUUCGAUUCCCGAUUAACAGCAGAAGAUCUCCCGGACGUCAAGGAGUUGCUGCAGCCUUGGAAAAUCGACAAUCCAGUGCCACUAUUCAAAUUGAUUGAGAAAUCGUAUCAUGAUCGUUAUUUUGCGGCGGCAACUGAGAAGGUUAUGAGAACGCCAGAGUUCGAAUCGAAUGGCGACUUUGGAAAAUACUAUGUUGUCUUGCUCUACAUGAUGUGCAGCAGAAAAUCGGUGAAAGAGCACAUCUGGAGAAAACUCAAUUACAGUGAAGCUGCUCAUCGUCCGGUGAAAGAAAUCAUCGAAUGGUUGGCCAAAUUAUUGGAUAGGGUUCACGGGAGAGAUUACGACUUAGAGAAGAUGAUCAUAAGUAUGAUAAAGAACAGAAAAUACUAUAAAUUCGAACCCAAAGAAGAAGAAGAAGUAGAGCUCGUCGACGUCGCCGAUGACGAACCAGCGGUUCGAGUACCCAAGCGCUCAUUGCCAGGAACUUCUCAGAAUCAUGUCGUUAUUGAGAUCGAUGAAGAUGAGCAAAAGGAAGAUGAUGAAACUCAAGCCAAGGUCCCACCAGUCAUCUACGAUAUCGACAAUCAGGAGGUCGACGAUCACCAAGAUCAUGAUAUUCAACCAAAAAGAAUAAAAAUUGAAGUGGACGAAGCUGCAAUCGUAGAAGCAGGACAAGUUGGUAAUGAAGUUCUUCAAGCUAGGGAUGAUGAAGUUGACAUUGUGGAAGCUGCUGAAGACGCUGAUGCAUGGGACUCGAGCCGGGGUUUCACCAGUCGUCUAUGA